AACACAUCGCGCUAUUCUCUUUAGUGUUUGCCGUGUUUAUGUUCACACUCUCUACCUCUCUCCCGUAAUUUCAUGCUAAACCAGUCCAGAACACCCCUAAACCAGGACUAAAUCGAACAGACAGUACUCUUUAACAUUUUAACUCAUGGAGUAAAUUGCAACAGGAGCGAAAUAAACCGAGGUAGAACUUUGCAGUCAUCUUUCAUUCUUCAAACCGACACUGUCUCCUCUCUCUGUUCAUAAUAAAAUUGUGUUCUCCUGACUGCAAAGUCUAUACCUGGUUAUUUAAUCAACCCGCCUCCUAUGAACCAAUCAGAAUGUCACAGCUUCAGUUUCACGCACCUGUCAACCCUUCACCCAGUGCCACCCCAUUACAGCUGGCUCCGCCUCAACCCAGGUUCAGUAUUCCAUGUGCCACGGCUUCCUUACCUUCAGAGAGUGCCAGUCACCCACUUAGAAACUCCGCCCUGCCAUCUGCCUCAGCCACUCCCUUUUGCAACCCUACAGUCUCUAACAUGGCAAACCCUAAAGAGAAGACCCCGAUGUGUUUGGUGAAUGAGUUAGCCCGUUACAAUAAGAUCCAACCUGAAUACAAGCUACUCAGUGAAACAGGACCAGCCCACUCCAAGAUCUUCUCAGUGCGGUUAACUCUGGGGGACCAGCACUGGGAUGCAGAGGGGACCAGUAUAAAAAAAGCCCAGCACUCUGCAGCAUCAUGAGCUCUCACCCAAACCACCCUGCCAAAACCCAGUCACAGAACCCCCCGCCACCCAGGCAAGAACCCAGGUGGGAUCUACAAGGGCUCAGAGUACAGCGUAACCCACACUGUGGAGCUAAAUGCACUUUGUAUGAAGUUGGGCAAGAAGCCCAUCUAUAAACCUAUAGAUACCUACCAGGGGAUGAGACCAGCAUUCAAUUACAACAUCAGAGCACCAGGCCCGUAUGCUCGCUCCAUGCAUCAUUAUUACUACCCAUUUCCCCCGGUGGGGCCUGUACUGUAUCAUAUGGAGCUGUCUGUCGGCGGACAGCAGUUCCACGGCAAGGGCCGCACGAGACAGGCAGCCAAACACGACGCUGCUGCUAAAGCCAUCAAAUAUCUGCAAAAAGAGCCAAUACUGCAGCAAGUGGCAGAGAUGACAGAGGAACCAGAAGAAGAAGAAAACCUCAACAAAUCGGAGAUCAGCCAAGUGUUUGAGAUUGCUCUGAAACGCAACAUGUCUGUGAAUUUCGAGGUGCUGAAAGAGGCGGGGCCUCCUCACAUGAAAAGCUUUAUGGUAAAAGUUAUAGUGGGCGAGUUCUCAGGCGAGGGGGAGGGCAAGAGCAAGAAAAUCUCCAAAAAGCUGGCUGCCAUCGCUGUGCUGGAGGAGCUCCGCAAACUACCCCAACUUCCUGUCAUGGACAAGAUGCCACUACGCAUUAAAAAGAAAAGCAAAUCCAUUAUUAAGCUUCAGACCAGCCCAGAGUACGGUCAGGGCAUGAACCCCAUCAGCAGGCUAGCUCAAAUCCAACAAGCCAAGAAGGAAAAAGAGCCUGAGUAUACAUUGGUGACCGAGAGAGGACUGCCCCGACGCAGAGAGUUUGUCAUGCAGGUGUCUGUUGCGGGGCAGACUGCUGAGGGAAUGGGUCCUAGUAAAAAAGUGGCCAAGCGAAAUGCAGCCGAGAAGAUGCUGGAGCAUCUUGGCUUCAAAGUGCCUCAGCCACAACCCCCCAAACCGGCACUGAAAACCGAGGAGAAGCCACCUGCUAAGAAACCUGGAGAUGGACGAAAAGUGACCUUCUUUGAGCCAGGCUCUGUGGAGAAGGCAAGCCUUGUCAACAAGGAGGAAGAUUUCCGAAUGCCCUUCUUCAGCCAUCAGCAGCUCCCUGCCGGAAUUUUACCCAUGGUACCCGAGGUGGCACAGGCAGUGGGUGCCAACCAGGGACCCCACGCCAAAGAAUACGGUCGCCCAGUAGCUCCUAACCCAGCCAAAGCCACGGUAACAGCCAUGAUUGCCAACGAGCUCCUAUACGCUGGCACAUCCCCGACUGCAGAGAGUAUACUGAAGACCAACAACAGCUUGGCACACAGACCCCACGGGCCUCUUACCAGACCAUCCGAACAGCUCGGCUACUUGGCUAACGUACAGGGCUUACAUGUUGAAUACAAAGACUUCCCCAAAAACAACAAGAACGAGUUUGUGUCUCUGAUAAACUGCUCCUCUCAGCCACCUCUGAUCAGCCAUGGCAUCGGCAAAGACGUGGAGUCCUGCCACGACAUGGCUGCUCUGAACAUCUUGAAGCUUCUGUCUGAGCUCGACCAACAGUUGAGUGAUCGCACAGCUAAUGGACAGAUAUCAGGGUGCAGCAAACAAGACAUAGAGGGCGACCCGUUACUGAAACCGGCUAACUCAAGCACCAUCGGAAAGACUCUAGACGGCACAGUCUAAAAUCCACCGAUUCAUCUGAUUGGUCGCUUUGUCUGCGAAACACUAGAGAAAAGUCAGAAGCAGAGUUUCGAUUGGCUGCUCACAAGAGCCUAAAUCGUAUUAAAUGUUCUAAAUGAAAUCUAAAUCAAAGUGAAAAUACUCUAAACACAACGUUUAGAGGUUUGAUGUUGUUUCAUUGUACACAUGCCGCGAUUGGUUUCUUUUAAACGCUAAGGCUUUGAAAAAGUUCUAAGUUUUCAUCAUAUCCAGUGAAGUGGUGGUUUCAUUUUCGUUGUUGAAUUGUUAAAUGAUACUCGUGACGCUUGACUUGAGUAGACAGACUUUUCUUUGUUGUUGAGGAAGUCAUAUUUUCAGUGUCAUGCCUUUUUUCUUUUAUGUUUCUCUUAUUAUUAUUAUUAUUUUAAAUGUUGUAUUAUAGGAACCCAGUGAGUUGGGUUGUUGUUAGCGCUGUUGUGAAGUGCAGAAUAAACCCCACUGAAGGAUAUGAUGAAGCUAUCAAACACGUCUCUGCUGUGGUGGUUUUUCUCCAGUGCUUUUUAAGUUAGUAUGGCGACCAUAACGCAAAACAAAAACGAUUUGUGACUUUAGUGUAGAGCGUGUGGUGGUGUUUAGCGUCAUCUGUGCGUGCGUGAGAGAGAGAUGUGAUGAAUGUACGUUUCAAGCACGAUAAUCUACAGUCUUGUCAGUUAAACUCAUGUAUCCUCCUCUCAGUGUUGACCCCGCCCACUCUGCCAGUUACAUCUUUUUCCUCAUGGAGUACGAGUAAAAUGAUGUGCCUCUUGCACAACAAAAACUUGUCUGUGUUUUGGGGGUGAUGGUUAAAAUGGUGUUAAAUUUGUGGAAUUUGAUGUACGUAUUGACAUGACAUGACAUUGACAUACCGUUGAACGUAAAUAGUAAAGUAGAUAAAUGUAUAUGGACCCUUAAAGUGAUGUCACCAUGAAAACUGCAAAGACAAGAUAAUGACAAGUAAUCAUUUCCAAAUGCCAUGAGUCAUGUGGUGCCAUAAAGGAGCAGACCGUGGCAUGGUGAUGAUGAGGUUGUCACGGUUGGUGACAAUGCUUGUUCUUGCGAUCUGGCCAUGAAGGGGCAGUGAGCUCGGCCUGAGAAUGCACACUAGAAGCUGAUUUAUGAGAAUAACAUUCAAUGCCUGCUGUACACAGUAGGGAUGCACGAUAAAUUAUCAGCCACAUCGGUAUGGGCCGGUACAGUUAACAUAAAAAAUUACCAUUUAUCUACCGAUAUGCCCGAUAAUUUAUCGUGCAUCCCUACUGUGUACAGCAGUAUAGAAAAUUUAGGUCGAUAUAAUAUAGCCGAUAAAUCAUUUCCUCUUGUUAAACUUCUUCAGCUGCACGCUGCUCACAGUUAAAAUACAGUACAGUGCUGUCUUUCUGUCGUGAUCAUUCACUUACUGCUAUUAGCAAAACAUUGUUGAUGUAGGUAAAGUAUGUAGAUAUUUAUGAAUGUGUAAAUUAUAGGAACAAAAGCAGAUUGUUUGAAUCAGACUGCUGUCUGAAUGCUUUCGGUCUUGAGACCUGUUAGUCAUGUGGCUACUAACAGUACACAAUUUUUCUGGAUUGCUCUGGAAAAACAUCUAGAAUUUGUUUAUUAAAUAAAAAAAUGUACCAGAAAAGUU